AUGAAUUCUAUGAUCACAACUACGACGUGGGUGCGACGCGGAGUCGCAGCCCAGUUCCCUACCAAAUACGAUAUCGACGAAGAUGAAAUCAAUCGGAUAUCAAAACUUGCGCGCCUGCAAUUGGAGGAUGCACAGGGCGAUUUGAAAGCUGCCGAGUCGGCAGGAAACGACGAGGACGAGGACGACGAUGCAAUGGACGAUGACGAAGAGGAAGAAAAGGCAGGGACUGGCUCGAAUAAAGGAGCAGCAGACGAAAAAGAUGACGAUGAUCUGAAAGAGUACAAUCUCGACCACUACGACAGCGACGAGGUCGACGAAGAUGGCGAGGAGGCCACCAUGUUUGGCAACGUCAAGUCGCUAGCCUACCACAAGCCAGGCGAGAAGGAUCCGUACCUCGAAAUCCCCGAAGACGAGGAAAACGAGGAUCGGGAGGAGCUACAGAUCCUGGGAACAGACAACCUGCUGAUUGCCGGAAAGGUUGAGGAUGAGGUUGCCCACUUGGAAGUGUACGUGUACGAAGACUCGGCAGACAACCUUUAUGUGCACCACGACAUCAUGCUCCCCGCCAUUCCGCUGAGUGUUGAGUGGCUUGAUUUCCCCGUCGGAAAACCCGAGGAAAAUCGUACCAGCGGAAACUUUGUCGCUGUUGGAACAAUGGAUCCCGAUAUUGAGAUUUGGGAUCUCGACAUUGUCGACUGCAUGUAUCCCAACGCGAUCCUCGGCGAAGGCAGUGCCGAGCAAGACACCAAGCCAAGCAAGAAAAAGAAGAAGGCCAAGAAAGCCAACGACGAGUACCACGUCGAUUCCGUGCUGGCUCUGUCCGCAAACCGACAACAUCGCAACCUGCUAGCCUCGGCUUCGGCUGAUCUAACGGUCAAGCUAUGGGACCUAACCACGCAGAAAUGCGCCAAGUCGUAUACACACCACACCGACAAGGUCUGCGCUCUCGACUGGCAUCCCAGAGAGUCAACCGUUCUGCUCAGCGGAAGCUAUGACCGCACUAUUGUUGCUGCAGAUAUGCGAGCUCCCGAAGCCAAGGCAGCUCGCUGGGGCGUUCCAGCCGACGUCGAAAACUUGCGGUGGGAUAUCCACGACCCCAAUUUCUUCUACGUGACCACAGACUCGGGCCUUGUUUGCCGGUACGAUAUCCGCAAUGCGCCGGCUUCGCCAAAGGACUCCAAGCCUGUGUGGACACUGCAGGCGCACGACGACUCUGUCUCGUCGUUUGACAUCAACCCUACCAUCCCAGGUUUCAUCGUUACGGGAUCGACGGACAAACAGGUCAAGUUGUGGAACACAGUGGACAACAAACCCAGCAUGGUCAUCUCACGCAAACUCGAAGUAGGCAAGAUCUUUUCGACCUCGUUCGCGCCAGACCCAGAGGUCAGCUUCCGUCUAGCUGUAGCGGGCAGCAAAGGCGUAGUCCAGAUCUGGGAUACCUCGACGAAUGCCGCUGUGCGUCGUGCGUUUGCGGGCCGUGUUCCUGAUGUUGCGCCUGGCGAUAACGGCGAAGUCAAGGAAAAGAUCACUGGGGUCAGCCAGAAUGAUGACGAAAGCGACUCCUCCGAGGGCGAAGACGAUGGUGACGAGAAAAAGGAUGGCUGGGAGUCGAUGGAGGAGGAUUAG